GACGCAACCAUCAUCAGAUUUCCCCGAUCACCAAGAACCGCUUUCCACCGACGACGGAAGCUACAAGCAUCCUCCAGCUCAUCGAUAUCGCAUGCCUAUUUCUCGCCCUGAGGAUAUGUCGAUUGAGAGAUGCUAAGACGUGCAGCAUUGUCUCUGUUGAGGCCGCGAUCCGUCCGGCCUCUGGUUCCGCAAGGACUGACCCAGAUCCCAUUGCGAUACUACUCCAAAGGAGAUCGGUCUGCGAAGGACGCAGAAUACAAGAUUCCCGGUACCUCAAAAGACUCGCUGCAGCAAAAGGAACCCUUGCGAAAGGUCCCCUUUGUUCUAUCCUCCCAGGCUUCGAAGGCCGAGACUCGCUCAGACUCAGCGCCUGCCACUCCAUCGACUCCGUCCCCAAAUCAGCAGGGCCCUUCGGAACAUCCUCCAUUCGGCACCGAUCCGGCUCGAGAUCUUGACGAUGUCUCGGCUUCAGUGACUGAAGCAAGUAAGAGAUCUGUGAAGGAGGGUGGGGAACGACAGCAGGGUUUCGAGAAUGAGACAGUCGGACCUCGAACAGAAAAUGUUGCUGCGGAACAAGAAACUGUAGAGGAACGUGACCAGACAACACAGGGCCAAUCGCAACAACCUCUACCUGAUCUGACCAAAGGCAUCCCGUCGACCUUGGACGCGGAACUUCGCCAGGCAAGGUCGAAACAGAGCUCCCAUUCCCCGAGCCUCAACAUCACCGAAGACCCUUCAGAAGAGCUGCCAAGCGGAGCACGUGGACGAGAUCGCGGUGAUAUUCCUCGGGAAGAAUAUGUCUCUUCCAGCGAUCGAAAGAAGAAUGCGGCGUUCAGAUACAUGUACAUUAUCUUGGGGUUAGGCUCUGUCGGCUUCUCUGUCUAUUUGGGCCGCAACUGGGCAGAUGAAGAGGAGGAGAAGAAACACCCUGAUGCUCCUUCAGGAUGGGGCUUCAAACCUUUCUACAACCGCGUCACUGCUCGGUUGUCUUCCACCAUGAGCUACUACCGAGACCCUGUCACGACGAAACUCCUGCCAGACGAGGAUCCGGACCCCAAUUUCCGCUAUCCUUUCGUUCUUGUUAUCAGCCUGGAGGAUAUGCUCGUUCAUUCCGAGUGGACACGUGAAAAAGGUUGGCGGAUAGCUAAGCGACCCGGAGUGGAUUACUUUCUCCGGUACCUCUCAAGCUACUAUGAAGUUGUCCUCUUCACCAGUCAGCCUAUGGCAAUGGUGGAGCAGGUGCUUCGAAAGUUGGAUCCUUACUCCAUGAUUCGAUGGCCCUUGUUUCGUGAAGCGACAGUGUACAAAGACGGUGGUUAUGUCAAGGACCUCUCGUAUCUCAAUAGGGACCUGAAAAAGGUGCUCAUCAUGGACACUGAUCCGCAUCACGUCAAGCACCAGCCCGAGAACGCCAUCAUCCUACCCAAGUGGAACGGCGAUCCCAAAGACCAGACACUAAUUCAAUUCAUUCCCUUCCUAGAAUAUUUGGCCACAAUGGGAUUUGACGAUGUACGAGAAGUUUUGAAGUCGUUUGAAGGGACGUAUAUACCUGCCGAGUUUGCGCGAAGAGAGAAACUCCUCCGUGCCAAGUUCGAGGCCGAAGAAGCAGAAAAACGGAAGAAGAGACCCAAAAAGAGCCUGGGAAAACUGUCGUCAAUGCUAGGACUGUCGGGCCACGGCCCUGAUGGAAUGCAGAGCCCUGAGGAUGGAAUGUCCGAGGGUAAGAUGCUCUGGGAUCAAAUCAGAGAGCGUGGCCAGAGACAAUAUAUGGAACUGGAGAAGAAAAUUCAAGAGGAAGGUGCAAAGUUUCUAGCCGAACGGGAAGCAGAAGAGAAGAGGCUUCAGGAAGAGGCCUACAACAGCAUGAAACCCAGCAGUUGGUUUUCAGGUCUGUCAGGCAGCAAAAGGACCGAGGAAGCAGAGCAAAAGUGAGGAUGAUUGACGUUGUUGACCUGGGAAAGACUGCAAUCUGCAAGCCAUUGGGUUCUCUGGUUGGUGGUUUUAGACUAUUUUCUUGUACAAACAACUGUGGAUAUAUUUGAGGCAGGGAGACAGCCCGGACAGUCGCGUCAGGGAUAUGAGACCGCCGAAAUCGGGGUCCGAAUUCAGAACACAUCAUCUCUCAUUA